AUGUCCGCACGUUCACCCCGGCUCAUCGCGUGCGUGCGGUGUCGCAGGCGCAAGAAGCGCUGCGAUCGAGCUGUGCCUUCAUGCGGCGAGUGUACGAAAACAGGUUCCGAGUGCGUGCCUGUCGGGCUCAAGACGGAUGGCAACCUGACUAGAGUUCCGACGGCCUAUCUGCAGCAACUCGAGUCUCAAAUGGCUGCUUUGCAGCGCAAGGCCCAGAACCAGAGCUUAGUUGCCGAUGCAGAUACAGCUGAUGAUCAUGGUCAAGUCCAGCAAGAGAGCAGCUACCCGUCCCCAUUCGACAAUAGCAACAACGAAAAUUCAGAGAGUGGUAGCAGGCCCACAGGGGAUCCUAUUCCACGAGAAGAAAGUGUUGACAAUGUCAUGGUGUUUGACGGUGACGACACGACUAUGAGUAACUUGUACUCGCCAUCACAGUCGAUCCCAGAUCCUCAAUAUCAGUCACAGCCUGCAGGGUCCGCAUUCAACAGAUCUCAGCCCCGGCACGACCUUACCUGCAUCGGAAGUGAUUGGUUGGACCACUAUGCUGAAAUCUACUUCCGCCAUGCACAGCCCCAGUGGUCGUUUCUCGACGAGGACGACUGGAAUACCAAAUAUCAGGCUUGGAUGACUUCUCCAAGCGCAGUCGACGAUACACACGUAUUCAUCUUGCUGCUGGCCCUUGCAGUCGGUGCAUUGCUUAGUAGUUCGUACCGCCAGAACUGCCCAUACCUGACACAUGCAUCACGACUUUAUGAAACGGCUGUCCGAGAUUAUCUCGGUUCUAUAACACAGCAUCAGAGCGCACUGACACGCACCCAAGCGUCGAUAUUAAUGGUCAUAUACUCGUGGCAUGAUUCAUCCCACAACAUCCUCCAAAACAGCAUCAUGAUGGUCCUAAUGAACUGUCAAAAUCUGAUUGACCAAAUGCGGGCCGAUGAAGACAAACAAAGUGAGAAUACUACCGCCCUUCGUUCUCUACAGAGACGCUGUAUUAUGAGCUGCCAUAUUGUCAACGAGAUUGUAUCAUCAGCAUGGUCAUACCCACAAAGUUUUGUACUGGAGACGUUGGACGACAAGAUGUUUCAAUACGCGUCGAAGAUGCAAGCUGGCCUUGAAAGUCCCGACUUUUACGAACCGCUCUUCCAACUCCGGUGCAUACAGUCCAAAAUCCGACACACAAACAAGAGGCUUCGACUGCUAGAUCCUUCAGACCCCUUCCGCGAGAGUUUCCGUCUUCGUCUCAAGACAGAACUCCAGGACUGGAAGACCAGUAUCCAGCUUUUAACAAGCUCAACCCCUUCCGACGAGGUUGUGUACCAUGAGACUCAGGCGUUACUCAAGCUUUACGACUACGGGGUCUCGAUCCUUAUGCAGGAGAAUCUCUCCAUACUGUGUGUUCAAGACAUUGGACAGUUGAUCGAGUGCUGUAGCGGGGCUUGUCGCACGUUUCGUCAAUCCCAACAAUCGAACCCCCUUAUCUACUGGACUUGGACUGCUCUCAUGUAUCAGUUCCGCCUUGGAGUAAUGUUGCUCUACUGCUACUUCAUCACCCCUCGGACAAUGCAAACACCAAUAUUCUCAUACGAGUCCACACUAGACGGCAUACAGAGCUGCCGCCUUACCUUGGAGAAUUUCUCAACACGAUGGCCCCAAUCCGUGGUAUAUUUCCAGGCGUUUCAACUCUUGGCGGACAAGGCAUUCGAGUCUUCUUACGGUGAAGCAAUUGCUAACCAAACAGCGCUUGAGAGUCCGGAAGCAUUGACACGAUGCCUCACCUCAGGAUCUAGUGGAGAAUGGAUCGCCAACAUGGAAACUGUGGUCAUGGAGCUCAAGUCUCAGCAUGUUCAUCAUGCAGUGGUGGCUCUCAUCCAGGACAUAAUCAAGCGAUCGUCCGUUGAGGAUUUCAAUAUGGAAGCGAUAGGCUUUGUACCUAAUCUUGAUCUGGAUAGCCUGGGCCUGUUUGGCUUUUGCGUUCCGACGUGA